AUGGAGGAACUGUCGGGGCGUAAGAUAGAAAUAUAUCGGGUGGAGAAAUUAGAGAUUCAGGGUGGAGGGAAUCUGGCUAGGCAACUAAGAACGGCCAGAUUUUCUUGGCGCCAAGUGAUUCUUGCUUUCACCUCACUUAACCUAAGAACUAACGUAGGUGGCAAACAAUCGAAGGGAGCAGGAGGUCUGGUAGCAAAUUUUUCAACAAUUUUAGUUGAUGAUAUCGAGAACUAUAUAUUCUUCCCUCUAUUUUCACAUUUCAGUACCUGCUCUGAGUUGGAUGAGUAUUCUCUGGCUUCGUCUCGUAAGACUCUACCGCUUCGUCCACCAUCUAGAUUGAAAGCCCCAUACAUUUCAUCCUUUUCAAGAUCAGGAAUUUCCGCGGAGGUUGGAAUUAUCGAUACAAGUAAGAGAGGAGAACGCGGUCAGUCAGAGCCUGUUGUGUAUCGAUGGAGUACUACUUAA